GUAAACCAGACCAUUCUCCUCUCCGAAUUCAAUAAUUCCUCCGCCGCACCACGCUUCCUCCUCCUCUGCUCCGCCUCUUCAUCCAGCGAGCGUCCUCCGAUUGCUGACGGAUCCCUCCUCGCCGCCGCCGCGGGCCGACCGUGGGGAGAGGAGGGGAGGCGGGAGUGAUGGAGGCCGCCGACCACGGGAAGCUCUUUGUCGGCGGCAUCUCGUGGGAGACGAGCGAGGACCGCCUCCGCGAGUACUUCGGCCGCUUCGGCGAGGUCACCGAGGCCGUCAUCAUGCGGGACCGCAGCACGGGGCGUGCCCGCGGGUUCGGCUUUGUGGUCUUCGCCGAUGCUGCUGUCGCCGAGCGCGUCACUACGGAAAAACAUAUGAUCGACGGACGAAUGGUGGAAGCAAAGAAGGCUGUUCCCAGGGACGACCACAGUAUUGUGACCAAGAGCAACGCCAGCAGCAUAGGGUCACCUGGACCGGGACGCACCAGGAAGAUCUUUGUUGGAGGCCUGCCCUCGAACGUCACGGAGGCUGACUUCAGAAGGUACUUUGAGCAGUUUGGCGUCAUCACUGAUGUGGUUGUGAUGUACGACCACAACACGCAGAGGCCGAGGGGCUUUGGAUUCAUCACCUACGAUUCAGAAGACGCCGUGGACAAAGCCCUGCACAAGAGCUUCCAUGAGCUCAAUGGUAAAAUGGUUGAGGUCAAGAGGGCUGUUCCAAAGGAGCAGUCGCCUGGACCUGCCGCACGCUCACCUGUGGGAGUGGGGCAGAACUAUGCUAUGAACAGGGUUCAUAGCUUCCUCAAUGGCUUCAACCAGGGUUACAAUCCGAACCCCAUAGGAGGUUACGGCAUCAGGGUGGAUGGAAGGUAUGGCUUGAUUUCAGGUGCACGAAAUGGGUUCUCUUCUUUUGGACCAGGGUAUGGGAUGGGCAUGAAUGUUGAAGGUGGGUUGGGCGGAACAUUUGGUGCAAGCUCUGGUUUCAUCAGCAACUCCAACGGGAGGCAAAUGGGUUCGUACUUCAAUGCAAGUUCGAACAGAUUGGGUAGCCCUAUUGGGUACCUUGGCCUUAAUGAUGUUCCGGGAUCAAUGUUGAGUUCCAUGUCUAGGAAUGUUUGGGGUAAUGGGAGUCUAAACUACCCGAGCAAUCCUACAAAUAUGAGUGCUUUUGCUUCACCUAGGAAUGGGGGCCAAGUCAGUCUUCCCAGUGACAAUUGGGGAGGUCUUCCUUCUGCUCAUGGGAUGGACAACAUUUCAAGCCUUGGGUCAGGGAACCUUGGUCGUGGAACUGGAGAUAAUAACUUUGGUUUGCCUUCUGGUAGCUAUGGCAGGAACAACUCAACUGGUACAAUUGGUGAGCCUUUUUCUGCAGCAGGCAAUACAUAUGAAGUAAACAAUCGAGAUACAUAUGGGAGCAGCUCUAUUUAUGGUGGCACAGCCUGGAGGUUCGCAUCAUCUGAGGUUGACAUGCCUUCUUUUGUUCAUGAUAUUGGAAAUGUUGAUCCGACUAUUAAAUGAUACAUGUCAGCAAGUCACAUGGGCAACUACCCUGUUAACAACAAUCAGCCAAGCAGAGGCAUCAGUUCCUAGGGGGCGGCGAGUAUUACACUUGGGGGUAGUAGAAGAAAGAAACACCCAUUCAGCCAGGCAAUCCCGGCGCACACGGCUGUGAAUCGGUCGGUGAUUGUCAGGUUAAUACACAGGUUAGUUUUUGUGUAGCUAACCCAGCGGCGUGGUUUGCGAACACCGACAUGCUAGAGGUGGAAGCUGCUAGGCUAGCUAGAGGAAAGGAGCGCGGAUGGAUAUACAGAAACAUUUCGUGAAGGUUUUGUUUUUGUUUUGUUUUUUGGUUUUUGCGGGGGUGGUGGUCAUGUUCUAGUUUUGGUUCGUACGCGCGUGGUGAGGCCUUUUGGAGUUUUGAAAUGAGAUGUAGUAGUAAUUGUUGCGGCACAUAUUUUAGAAGUCAAGCCAUGUUCCAACAGAAGCUGGAAAGAGAUGUCCGCUGUAUACGGGUGAGCAUGUAUACCAACCAAAGGGAUGCUGUAUUAUACAUUAGCCUGUGUGUGUGUGUGCGUGUUUUUAUUUUUGUUUGAUCCGGUUUUU